AUGGCUUCAAGAAUCGACGAUCUGGCAAAGGUCGAUGCCUCCAAAGAAACCUGGACAAUUGUUGCCAAAGUCAGUCAUCUAUGGCUUAGUCCGAGCCUAUAUGGCUCAAAACUACCCUUUUCAUUGGACAUGAUACUUAUGGAUGGCAAGGGCUGCAAGAUUCAUGCUACUGUUAGGAAGACUUUGAUAUAUCGAUUUCAGUCUUCCCUAACUGAGGGAAAAGUAUACCAGAUUUCCUACUUUGGUGUGGGCGAGAGCGGACGUGAUUUUCGCCUGACCGAGCAUCCAUUCAAGAUCAACUUUGAUAUUCAAACUUCUGUACGACUACUACCUAACAAGGCUAUCAACAUAACGACGUACUCUUUCGUUCCACUUGCUGACAUUAUGUAUAAGGACCUGGAUACAUCAUUCCUUAUAGAUGUAAUUGGAAUUCUAACGGGAGAAAGUGGAGAACAAGAGUUCGAAAAGGAUGGUACUAAACAGAAGAGGAUAACUAUAGAACUUGAUCAAGAUGGGUCUCCAUUGGCUCGCCUGUCUGUGGAUAUGGCACCUGUGGACUGCCUGGACUCCGCGGACCUACGUGCUCAGCGUGGGUCGGCAGGAAGAAUGAGAACACCAUCGGGAGUGUCACUAGGAAACCGAUGUGUCCUGCUCUUGGAUCCCUGCACCACAAAAAUUGUGAGUCCCUGA